AAAAAAAUAUUUUUGUGUUUUAACUUUAAUUACGUUGUUCGAAAGAAAAAAGUGCGUCGUAGUAAAAUAAUAUCCGAAUUUAGUCGGUGGUGAAAAGAAUCAAUAUAAAUGAAUCGACUCUCUUCGUCUAUAUGAGAGAAAAAACAAGGGUGGGUUUUCUGUGUGUGUUCGGAGAUAGAAAAUGUGUCGCAAUGCAUGAAUGGGAAUUACUACUACGUAGAAAAUACAUCGCGCAUACACCAACACAAACAUCAACAACGUUUUCUAACGUGAAUUUAAAUCAUUUUUGGAUUAUGUUUGGAUAAAAAAAAAAAUCAAAAUUUAAUAAAUGAUGGCGAUGUCUUCAAUAAAACAAACAAAUAAUUCAUCGACACAAACAACAUCGAAUUCCGAUCAAAAUUUAAUAACCUCGUGUUCACAAUUUGUGAAUAGUGGUGAUGGUGGUGCAUGUGUUAGUGGGGUGAGUUGUUGUAAUAAUGUUGUUGUUACUAGUGGGGUGAGUUCAUCGGUGUUGAGUAGUAAUUUAGUUCAAACAUACAACACUAGUGUCGCUACUAGUACUAUUAACCAUCAACAACAAACAGCAACUGCAGCAACAUAUUUAAAAUGUGGUUAUUUACGUAAACAGAAAACAAAUAAAAAGAAAUUUUUUGUAUUAAAACCAGAAACUGUUGAUAGUUUAGCACGGUUAGAAUAUUAUGAUGAUGAAAAGAAAUGGCGUAAUAAUAAACAGCCAAAACGUAGUAUUAUAUUAAAAACAUGUUUUAAUAUUAAUCGUCAUAAACGUAAUGAUAUUAAACAGAAAUAUGUUAUCGAUUUAUUUACGAAAGAUGAUUGUUUUUCGAUUGCAUUUGAGAAUGAAGAUGAAUUGGAUGAAUGGUUACGACCGAUGUUAUUUUUACAACAUGGUGAAGAAUUGUUAAUGGAUGGUGAACCACCAAAACCCACAUUUGAACAUGUAUGGCCGGUUGAAGUAAUGGAACGUGGUUUGGGUUCACAAAGUAAGAUUCGUGGAGCAUAUCGAUUAUGUUUAACGGAUCAAAAAUUAAGUUUGGUACCGAAUGGUAAUUCUAAGUUGAACACUUUAGAAUUUUCAUUAAUGGGUAUUCGACGUUGUGGCGCUUCAAACAAUUUCCUGUAUAUUGAAGUGGGCCGAUCUAGUGUAACGGGUGAAGGCGAUAUUUACAUGGCCACAACAGAUCCCGUCAUUGCUUGUAAUAUGCGCGACAUUAUCUUACAAGCAAUGUCGAACAGUAAAAAAGAUGAUUUCGAUGCAAAACAACGUAAACGUUCCAAUUCUGACACGGAUUCCGGUAAACCAGUUACAUCACGACGUCCAUAUAAAUUUGCUGAAUCAUCUGGUAAUGUUUACAGUGUUGAUCGGUCACCUUUGCCACCUUUAGCUGCUGUUACACCAUCCGCUGCUGUUGUACAGUGGUGUGCACUGCAACGUGCAGCCGCGCAACGACGUCAUUCUGUAUCAGCCGUCGUGGGUACGAACAACGGACCAUUUAAUAACAACGCAGCGAAUGGCGUUGCAGUAACUGGAUCCACACAAAAUCCAUCACAAUUGCAUACGUCACAUCAACGUACACAUUCAUUGCCUGUUAGUCCAGCUGACACUAAUCAUUAUAAUAACAAUGAGACCAACAAUAAUUAUGCACCAAUGUCCAUGGGCAUCAGUUUGUUGGGUUCUUCCUCUGUCACUUCUUCUUAUACUUGUUGUCAAACGUCAUCAUCAAACACCAAUAAUAGUUUUAUAUCAACAAUGACACCAACCAGUUGUCAAGUUGCCACCGUCAACAAUAAUUCAUCGCAGGCAACAAUCGAUCAAGUUGAUUGUUUUAUACCACCACGACGGGGCAGUAUUGGAAAUCGUAAUACAAAUAAUUCUACGUCGAAUAAACGUCAUAAUCGCACAGGUUCUGGACUUAGUGGUACUCUAAGUGGAUUAAUUAGUGGCGAUCGUAGUGGAGGAACAUUCCGUGAUAACAUCAGUAACUGUUUAACAGGACGUGAUCGAUCUGAUACAUUUCCAACACGGGCACGUACAACAAGCGAAGGUCCACAAUCAGCAGGUACAACAACAUCGCGAACAAUUGCAUCCAUAGUACAUCAUAUGCGACCUCGAUCGAUGUACACACAUGAUGGACCCGCAAGUCCUCCAUCAAAUUGUUCCACGGAUUCGGCUGGAUCGUCAUUGAGUAUUGAUGAAACAGAUUGGGCUGGAGAUGUUUGUGUACAAUCAUCCAACGAUUGUUUAGCAUCGUUAUCGUCACGUUAUGGACAUUCUUUAACCCCAGAUGAACAUAAUGUAAUCUUCGAGGAAAAUGAUGAAUGGGAUAGGCCGUCAUCGCUCCUUUCCUCGUCCUCAUUACCAAAGAAUUCACCAAACAUUAGUUCUGGAAUACAUUCAGAGUCACCAUCGGGUACAAGUUGUGGAAGUUCGCCGUUAGAUGUGAACGCUGGCUACGUUCCAAUGUGUCCAAGUGACACUGGUUAUGUACCAAUGUGCCCUAGUGACACAGGAUAUGUACCAAUGAAUUUAUCGGGAUACGUUCCAAUGGGUCCUGUUAACAAUGAUAAUUAUCGUGUAUCACCGGCCGCAAGUAACUGUUCCAUUACGUCAGGAACACCUAGCACAGACUUACGAUUCUCUGAAUACCAUUUAGAUAAAGUCACAUCAUACAUUCCAAUUGACAAUUGUGAAUUCGAUAAUGGACGACCGCUUCGAACGUACAGUGUGGGAUCCAAACCAACGCAACAACGAAACAAUAUCGAUAGCUCACAGUUACAUAACGAUACGAGUUAUCGUGUACGAGCGUUAUCAGUGGGAUCACAUAACAAGAAGGGUGGUAUGCGACGUAAUUUAAAAGCAUCAAGUGCCCCAGCUCCUCUGGUGGCUGGUUCACCAAUGGGAGAUUUAAUGGAAUUAGAUUUUACUCAAAAUAAAUCAACCACGAAAUUGAAUUCAACACGAGAUACAUCGUAUGUCGAUAUGUCUGGAUCACUUAGUGCGUCCCCGAACAAUAAAUCGAUUAAUCAUAGUAAUUAUAGUCCGUAUGUUGAUAUGUCUGGGAAGAGUUCGUCACCUAAAUCUCACGAUGACAGCUUUAACUUAUGGCGUAGUAAUAAUGAAACACCAACGUCUUCUUCAAGGACAAGCAUGACGAAUGACGGAUACAUGGACAUGAGCUACAACAAACGGAAACAAACUUUAUCACAAUCAUCGAAUGCGUCCGAUGAUUACUUAAACAUGAGUGGGGUUAAUAAUAAUAAAUCAACAUCGUCAUCGAGUAAUAAACGCUCGAAAGAUCGUCGCGAAAAGGCACGUUCUAAACCAAUUGCAAUCCAACCAAUGAGUUCGUCACCAAAGAAUGGUCCCCCAACUUAUUUACCAUUACAACAAACAACGAAUCAAAGUCCAACAUCACCUUUUUCCACGCUACAGCGAAAUCGUAAUCGAAAAAGUGAGUCAACUGCAAUCAAUUCUACACCAACCAGUACAGUAUUCUCGGCAUCGUCUUCAACGACAACAGCCUCACAAGUUGAACGAAAAUGUCCUGUAGAUGGUACAAGUGGGACAAUACGUAUUUACGACGAUUAUGCCCCAAUGAAAAUUAGUGGAAAUGAAACGAAUAAUCGGACAACAUCAAUUUCGAAUGAUGAUGAAUACACCGAAAUCAGUUUUGGUAAUCAGAAUGAACAAUCGGAUUAUGUAAAUUAUAAUCCAUCACAACAGCAACCAAGAUCGUUACCGAUAACACGAACUGAUACCGAUGGUGAUUAUGCGAUAAUGCAACCGAGACAAGCGAUCCGUAAAACAUCAGUGCCACUAUUUAAUACAAUCAACUCAAUUAAAUAUCGACCAAAAAUGACAAACUCAAUGGCGCCUCAAGUAGUACAAAUUGUAAAACCUGGUGCAAAUAUGACAAACCAUCCGCAAUCAAGUUUUAAACCAAUUACAGCAAAUUUACCAAAAGUUAUUGACAAUACAAACAAAGCUUCAACAUCUCCAAAAACUGUUGAUAAUCUAUUAACGCGACAGUUAUCUUCCUUAAAUCAACAGCAACAGAAUCUAGAUACCACGUCACCACCUAUCGAUUUACUACGCGCGUGUUCGAUAACGAGAAGUGAGAAUCAACAAAGACGGCCGAACUCUGUAAAUAGUGAAACGGCCACCACCUCUUCAACAGUCACAACACCACGUCCAUCGUCUGUGUCCAGUGAAUCAAGUCUUUCACGAUCAAGACCCAGUUCAUCCUCUAGUGAUUUAAAUUCAUCGAGUUCUACGCUAGUUGGUUCACGACCACCUUCAGUGAGUUCCGAACGUGAAUUACACUAUAUCACCCUCGAACAUGAAACAGUUUGUUCGAACGAAGCGGGUACAAAAUCUCCAAGAUGUUGUCAUGAACAAUCAACACCUCCAACAUGUCAGUGUUCCUCGAACUGUGUUAGUGCUUGUAAUAGUAGUGUUACGACAACAUCUCCAUCGUCUAGUGGCGUUACCACAACAACGACACCAGUGUAUCAAUACACAUCAAUUGACUUUGUUGCCACGGAUGGUUUAAAACAAAAUACAACCACGUUUUUACCAAUUAAACAUUGAAGUUCCGCCAAAAAAAACAAAAACAUUUGUGACAAGUGAGGACAUAUUCCUCUGUCAUUUAAAUAUAUUAUUAAUUAUGGCCAAAAUAUACCCCAAAAUAUAUUUAUUACAAAAAAAAAGUCUGUCACAU